CCCAGAACAGCGCUUAUCUGGUACAACAGCAUUUAUUUCAUGGAUUAGAAUUAUAUUGCACGUGGAGUUACUGAGUUGCAUCGUCGUAGAUGACAAGGGGUCUACCUGAGUUUAUGCCGGGUGGUGAUCCCCCAAAGAUCAUAUACAUGAAGGAUACACUAUCAUAAUACUCAGGAUUCUGUUUGCGACGGUAACCUCGAAGAAUCAUGCGACCGCUCCACAGUGUCAUCAUCAGUCUCACAAGACUUUUAUCACUACAAGUGUCGGCAAGUCCGACGCCGGUAGUGAAAAGACAGACCGCGACAAUCUCCAAUAAAGUUAUAUUCUCGCCGCCCACGAAUGCCGGAUGGGUAGACCCCCGCGUGCUUUACCCUCGUACUGUGCAGCUGACAUCCGGUGCCUUACUUGCAACUUGGGAGAAUUACUCCCCAGAGCCGCCUCAGGUAUACUUCCCCAUCUAUAGAUCGACAGAUGAGGGUGCGACCUGGACUGAGAUCAGUCGAGUACAAGACACAGUCAAUGGAUGGGGACUACGGUAUCAGCCCUUCAUAUAUCAGUUGCCAAUUGCUAUUGGAAGCUAUCCGGCUGGCACGCUGCUUGUUGCGGGCAAUAGUAUCCCGACAGAUCUUAGCCAGACUAAGAUCGACAUUUAUGCGAGUAGCGACGAGGGUCUCACUUGGUCUUUUAUCAGUAGUGUGGCCAGUGGCGGUGUAGCCCGGCCGGUGAAUGGAGAGACGCCUGUCUGGGAACCCCUCCUUAUGGUCUACAACGACCAACUUGUCAUUUAUUAUUCUGAUCAGCGGGAUACCAAAUACGGUCAGAAGCUUGCUCACCAGACAACAACUGACCUAAAGUCGUGGGGCUCCCUCGUGGAUGACGUCCAUGAUGAUAGGAGCUACGGGGCACGGCCUGGCAUGCCUGCUAUCACGAAGCUCCCGAAUGAUGAUUACAUCUUCGCUUAUGAGGCUUGCGGAACAGAUGGAUGCCGAGUUCAUUAUCGGCUGACAAGCGACCCUUUAGAAGUCAUAUCGGCACCCAGCCACCUCCUUAAAUCUACGGCCGGCUCUACAACCACGAGUUCGCCGUUCGUGAUCUGGUCUAGCAUCGGCGGAGCCAACGGCACUAUCAUUCUCAGCGGAGGCAGCACCUCCAACAUCUUUACCAACAAGAACCUCGGUGACCCGAAUUCUUGGGUAGAGUACACUACGCCGCAGCCCAAUGCUUACGCGCGAAGCAUGGUGCUCUUCCAAGACGAUGAUAGCAAGAUGCUGAUCAUCGGGGCCGGUCAUCUUCCACCUAGUAACACGAAUUAUGUUAGCGUGAGCGUGAUCGACUUGGUAACUACGAUGAGCCUUUGAGGAAGAUGCAGCGGCACUGUUUUUGAUUAUCUGUUCCCAGAAUACUGAAGCGUAUAGUCAAAGAAUCGAGAGUCUUCAUAUAAUUCGUAUCAUUUUCGAGUGAUUUAUAAGAGAGUCUCGCAUAUAUAUGGGAAGGGCAUCGAUCCGAGCCGACUCGCCUUAGCAUAGAGGCUUCAAUACAGUUCUCACAUUCAAAAUAUUAAAUGCCCAAAAGGGGGAUAUUCUGGAAUAUGCUGAAUUGCAAGAUCAAAUGCUUGUACCUAGGAGAGAUUGCUUAUUGGAGGGUAUAAUAUACCCAACAUUUGGCAGCCUAGAAUGAGCCGUCCCUUAAACUGAACUAUGCUUUCGCAGAAGAUGAACGAACAAAGAGAUUAUGUUGAAUUCUCUAGAAUGAUCUUUAUUUUGACCAAGACAUACGAACUUCAUUCUAAUGGACUUUUGACAAUCUACAAUAGAGGGUCGUAUGAAAGAACAGGAAUAUGAGGCGUGUAGGUUCAAC